AUGCAUUUUUUGUACAAUAAUUCCAAAGGCGAAAUAAUUUUACAAAAUAGAAUAAAUAAUGUAUUUAUAAAUAUUGAAGUAUAUGAAACUGACAUUGAAAAAACAAAAUUUACAAUUGAUUUAGAUCAUUAUUUCAAAAUACAAGAUUCAAUAUUAAAAAUCGAUCACGAAGAAGAUUUAAAUAGAAAGAUAAACAAUUUAAUCAAUGUAUUGAAAAACAAAUGGAACCAAAAAUUACCAAUAAUGAUAAUACUGGCUAUAUCUAAUCGAGAAAAUUUAAUGAAUAAUCGUGAGUACGUCGGAAUAUUAAAUGAUCUCAUUGUAUCAACAUCAAAUCUACCACUAAUUCAUAAACAAAAAUAG